CAAUCGCAAAAUAAACAGUUCGUUCGUGUCAGUACGAAAAGCCAAUUGGAAGUUUAAAAUUUUAAGUUUUAUAGUCCGAUUAGGUUGGAUUAGCAACAGCACCUUUUAUUCUUGCAAUAAAAUAAUAGGAUUUUUUAAAAUGUUCUUCAAACUGUGUUUAUUAUCAGUUAUUGCGUUAACUUUCGCAAAACCUCAACAUGCACCUGCUGCACAAUUUCCCGCUGGUGUAAAUCCACAGGACUGUCCCGGCUUCCCUAUCUGUGAUAAUGCUAGACUACAUAAUCCUCAAUCAAAUUGGGGCGCACCACAACCAUCAUGGAACUCACAGCCAUCAUGGAAUAACGGACAAUCACAAUGGAAUAACAAUGGCCAAUGGAAUAAUGGACAAUCAUCAUGGAAUAAUAAUAAUGAUGAUGGUCAAUGGAAUGGUGGACAUGAUCAAUGGAAUAAUAAUAAUGAUCAAUGGAAUAAUGGAGGACAAUCAUCAUGGAACAAUGGAGGACAAUCAUCAUGGAACAAUGGAGGACAAUCAUGGAAUGGAGCACCUAGUGGCGGAAACGCUGGCUCUGGUCAAUUCCCAGCUGGUGUCAACCCACACUCUUGCCCUAAUUAUCCAUUCUGCAAUAUUAAUGGCGGCGGUUCAGCCCCAGUAGCUGCACCACCAUUGCCUGGUUGGAGUGAACGUCAAUACCCUGCCGGAGUGUCACCACACCAAUGUCCCAACUUCCCAUACUGCAAGUAACUUUCAGUAGUGUAAUCUUUUCUAUGCCACAGAAUUUCGAGGUGCUGUUGUAAAAUAAUUUCGGACUUACUCAUCCUUAAGACAAUUUUCUUCAUUCCGAUCUUCUCGAAAUUGUUGAAACUGAUAUUAAAUUAAAACGCAUUCUCACGCAAAAAAAGUUCUCAA